AUGCCUCCAACGUUUUCCAAAUCUCAUACUUCUUUGGGCUCCAGAAAGUCUUCGGUGUUCAACUUCAUUCAACAACCUCCUCAGCCUGAUGUAUAUUACGUUGGUGUUGAUGUGGGUACCGGUUCUGCCAGAGCAUGUAUCAUUGACACCAAUGGGAUCAUUCUUGGCUUGAGUGAAAGGCCCAUCACUAGACACGAAUUGAAGCCCAAUUUCAUUACCCAGAACUCUACAGAAAUCUGGAAUGCCAUCUGUUUUUGUGUCAAGAACUGCUUAAGAGACAGUGGGGUUGACCCUUCCGAUGUAUUCGGUAUUGGUUUUGAUGCCACCUGCUCGUUGGUGGUGAUUGAUGAAAAAACCGAUACCCCAAUUGGGGUGGGUCCUGAUUUCACCGACCACAAAGAGAAUAUCAUUUUGUGGAUGGACCACCGAGCUGAAGAGGAAACUGUCAGCAUAAACUCCUCAAAUGACAAGUGCUUGAAGUACGUGGGUGGACAAAUGUCCAUUGAAAUGGAAUUGCCAAAGAUGAAGUGGUUAAAGCAUAACUUGCCAGGUGGAAUUGAAAAGUGUAAAUUCUACGAUUUGGCUGAUUACUUGACCCACAAAGCUACUGGAUCCGAAGCUAGAUCAUACUGUUCCACCGUUUGCAAGCAAGGUUUGGUUCCCCCUGGUGUCGAUGGAUCUACUGACGGUUGGUCUAAGGAAUUUUUACUUUCGUUAGACUUAGGAGAGUUAGUGGAAGAUGACUUUAGAAGAUUGGGUGGUAUCCCCCACAAGAAUGGGACUUUCUUGAGUGCAGGUGACGUGGUUGGUAAAUUGACCAUCGAGGCUUCUCAAGAGUUAGGAUUGACUACUGAAUGUAUUGUUGGAUCCGGAGUUAUUGAUGCUUAUGCUGGAUGGAUUGGAACCGUGGCUGCUAAAGUUGACCAUCCUCAAGUAUCCCAUCUCUUGGAAAAAUCCGGGGAUGGAACUAUUGCUACAAGCUGUGGAAGAUUGGCUGCUGUAGCUGGUACUUCCACCUGUCAUAUUGCCAUGACCAAAAACCCUUGUUUUGUUCAGGGUGUUUGGGGUCCUUAUAAGGAUGUUAUGGCUAAGGAUUAUUGGUGUGCAGAAGGUGGACAAUCUUGUACUGGUGCCUUGCUAGCCCACGUCUUGUCUAUUCACCCUGCCUCUAAUGAAUUAAACCACUUGGCUGAAACUUCCAACUUAUCCAAGUUUGACUACUUGAACUUAAUUUUGGAAAACUUGGUGGUGGAGAACAACACCAGGUCAGUGGUAAGCUUGGCAAAACACAUGUUCUUUUACGGAGAUUUCCAUGGUAAUAGAUCUCCAAUUGCUGACCCAAGAAUGAGAGCUUCCAUCAUUGGACAAUCCAUGGAUUCUUCUGUUAACGCUUUGGCUAUUCAAUACUUUGGUGCUUGUGAAUUCAUUGCUCAACAGACCCGGCAAAUUGUUGAAGAAAUGGAAAAGGCUGGCCAUGAAAUUGACUGUAUUUUCAUGAGCGGAGGUCAGUGUAGGAAUGGAUUGUUGAUGAGAUUGUUGGCUGACUGCACUGGUUUGCCCAUCAUCAUUCCAAGGUACAUUGAUGCUGCCGUGGUGUUUGGUUCUGCUCUUUUGGGAGCUGUUGCUGCUGAAGAUGCUGUCAAUGAACACCUUAACUCCAAAGGAAAAAUCACCAGAAGAUCCUCAAUCUUGGAGUCUCAACGGUCCCAGACUUCUUUGAACAAAGUCUCGAGUGGAGGAGCUCAUUCUCCAUACACUGCUCCAACCGCCACAGCUUCUUCUGCAAACAUGGUUGCUUUGGCUUAUGCAUCAUCUCAAUCGGGGUCUCAUCACCAGUUUCCUUCCAUGACUCCUAUGGCUGAAGAAAAUGUUGACUACUUUAAUCAACCAACCCAGAGUGCUCCAAAGACUUUCUCCGAUGAAGAUGAAGAUGAUUCUGAAGACGAACAAACAUUGUCAUUUGGAUCCAAGCAAAAGGUCCAGCAAGGUUUAUCCCAGAAGCUCAACGCCUUGAACUUAAAACCCUUGAGCAAAAUCGACUCCAAAACCAAAGACAACUCCCCUGGCAGUAAGUUGUGGAAGGUGAUGGACAAGUUAACUGGACCAGGUAAAGUCAUUAUGCCUAGUGAUGAAAAUCAUCCUGAUAGAAAGUUGUUAAAUGCCAAAUACAAGGUUUUCUUGGAUCAAUGUUUCAAACAACAAGAGUAUAGGAAAAUGGUUGAUUUGGUAGAAGAAGAGAAUUCAAAGGGGUUGAAGAUUCACUAA